AUGUUCUAUGAUGGAGACUUGUCAAGUGCCAUAUCAACAGCCCUUCAGGAAAGAAAAGCUGUUCUCUGCUUCGUAUAUGACGACAGCACAGAAGCCAGCAAGGAAUGGGAGACUAUCCUAAGAGAUCCUUCCAUAUCCCCGGCGGUGUCCUCCCAAACCGUUGCCGUAUUGCUCAACAAGGGCUCUGAAGAAGCCGGUUUCCUCGAUUCGAUCUGCCCCAUCACCAGCACGCCUGCAAUUAUUGUGAUCAAGGAUGCGCGAGUACACGAAAACCUUCAGUCCGCAGACGUAUCAACUGAGCGGUUGAAGUCUCGCUUGGCUUCAGCUUUUGGCAUACAACAAGAUGGAGGAGCGACCCCGCAGCAAUCUGAACGAGAAGACGAGUUCACUGACUCUACUCCGGCACAUGCCACUCCCGUGGAGUCACAUCAACCUAUGCCAUCAAGACCGCCGCAAAAUCCACCGGUGCCUGUGCCCGCGGGAGAACAGGUCUAUGCAACACAGAACCGUGCAAUUCCGUCGCCUCCCCAUUCAUCUGCACCACGGAGACAAGCAGAACCUCCAGUCCCAUCUCCAGUCCCAUCUCCAGCUCCAGCCGACACCCUGCCGUCCACCGGCCAGAGUACGGAAAUGAGUGAGAAACAAAAAGCCCAGAGGUCAGAGUACAUCAAAAUGCAACGAGAGCGCGAACAGAAACAACGCGACGAACGUGAAAGGAUCAAAGCUCAGAUAAAAGCAGAUCGAGAGGAGAGGCGAUUGUUGGAUGAGAUGAGGAAACAGGGUCAAACGCAAGAGACUCCAGCCUCUUCUUCAAGUACGUCCUCGUAUGCUAGAUCAAGGACAUCAAUAGCGAACGCUCGUGCGGAAGUCAGAGUCCAAGUCCGCACAUUCGACGGUUCAACCUUGCGCAACACAUUCCCUCCAACCUCCACCAUCACCAAAGAAAUUCGUCCCUGGAUUGACUCCUCCAACUCCGCCUCCUCGCCCCCCAGGACAAGUGGCGUGCCCUACAAUCUCAAACUCAUCCUGACACCCCUUCCCAAUCGCACAAUCGAGGCUGGGGAAGAAGAUACUGAACUCUCCGACCUAGGUAUCGUGGGGAGCUGCACCUUCGUCAUGGUCCCGGUAAAAGGAUAUGUUGACUCAUACGCUUCCGGCGGCAUGGGCCUGGGCGGUGGCUUGCUCGGAGGAGUCGUGACAGGAGGGUACAAUCUCGUCAGCGGCACGGCAGGGAUGGUCUUUGGCGGUGUACGCUCACUGCUUGGAUAUGGCUCGGGGGGAAAUGCAGAACAGACAAUGCCUACGAGCGGCGGCGGCGGAAGUGAAAACGCGAGCCGGCAGCCUCCUCCUGGCCCUGGCUCCGGACCUGGCGCUGGGGCUGCUGGGAACAACGUCCGGAUCCGCACACUGGCUGAUCAACGCGCCGAAGACGCUGCGAGGAGGGAUCAGCAGUUUUACAACGGGAACCAGCUCAAUUUUCAGCCGAACAAUGACGAGGACCACAAGAGAGAUUGA